AAGAAUAAUCCUAAUGGAAAUAUUUAUAUUACCACUUUAGACAAUAGCCAUAAUCAUAACUUGUCCCCUUAUAGAACAAAAUUUUUUAAUGAUAGUGAACUUACCCAAGAAAUAUAUGAUAGGGAUAUGUUAAAUGAUGCUGCAUCAUUAUAUGAAGAAUUAGUAAGAAGAAAAAAUGAAGAUCCUCGAUGCCUACUUGACCUUGCUAAAGCCUUGGAAGCAAGUAUAGAAGAGGAGAUUAAAAAAGCAAAGUAUGCUUAUUGGAAGACACAAAUUCUAUUGACAUCGUUUGCUGCUACAUUACCACAAACAUUAUUUCCCAAACUUGAUAAAGCUUUGAGUCGGUUUAUUAUACCUGAAAUACAAAAAAUUCAGCAUGCUGAAAUUAAAAGUUGCCUAAAUUAUCAUGCAUCUGCUAUUACAAAAGAUGAAAUGAUUAAAUAUCAAGAGGUAGUUCAAUUUCAUAGACAAGAUGUUCUUGAAAAGCUACAAAAUUUAUUAACUGAAAUACAGGAUAAAGAGUUAGUAAACAGCCCAGCCAAUGAUGAUAAUGAGGAGAUGUACAGUAAUAGCUUAGACGAUAAUGAAGAAUAUGAAGAAACUAAUUCAUUAUCUGAUAUACCUCUUCAAAAACCAAAAAAACAUAAGGCGAAAGGACGACCAAAAAGUUCUAAACAAAUCAAGCAAUCAGAGGAAUUAAAGCCGGCAAAACGUCAAAACCAAUGUGGGAAUUGUGGCGA